AUGGACUCAGAAAACAAGGAAGAAAUCCCUGUGCAUGAAGAAUUCCUUUUGUGUUGUGGAAUUGAGACCAAAGUUCUAAAAUGUGGGCCCUGGACUGACCUCUUUAAUGAUCAAGGUGCCUAUAGACCUAAGGUGCUUAUUUUAAUUAUUACUGGUAACCCAAGUUUUGUUAACUUUUAUUUGCCAUUUGCAAAGACUUUGUACUCUUUGGUAAACAGACGUUUUCCAGUGUGGAUUAUCAGUCAUGCUGGGCAUUCCUUCAUCCCCAAAGACAAAAAGAUUCCUCCAGCCUCAGAUGAUUCAAAUACUCAAGAGGUUAAGGACGUCUAUGGACUCCAUGGUCAAAUAGAACAUAAAUUAGCUUUCCUGAGAACUUACGUGCCAAAGCAAAUGAAACUUGUGCUCAUUGGCCAUUCAAUUGGCUGUUAUAUUUCCCUUCAGAUGUUGAAAUAUGCUCCUGAACUUCCAGUAAUCCGCUCCUUGAUGCUCUUUCCAACAAUUGAGCGCAUGUCAGUGUCACCCAAUGGCAAGAUUGCCACCCCAUUACUGUGCUGGUUUCGAUAUGCUCUCUAUGCUAUUAGCUACAUAUUAUUGAAACCAUUGCCUGAGAGCAUCAAGUCUUUCAUAAUCAGAAGUUUUGGUCAAGCAAGAAGCAUACCAGAUGAGUGUAUGUGCAUGAGUCCCCUGGAUCCAUUCUGCCUCGCAAAUGCUGCCUACCUUGGGGGCCAAGAAAUGGUGCAGGUGGUGGAGAGAGACAACGAAACCAUAAAGAAACAUUUAUCUAAGCUUAUAUUUUACUAUGGUACUAUAGAUCGUUGGUGUCCAAAAGAAUACUAUGACGACAUCAAGAAGGAUUUUCCAGAAGGAGAUAUCCAGCUCUGUGAGAAAAAGAUACCCCACGCGUUUAUCCUGUCUCAUAGCCAGGCAAUGGCUGAGAUGGCAGCUGAUUGGCUGAAGGACGACCUGUCCAAAAUAUAA